CUGUCGUGUGAAUACAACAAAAGUGACUUGCCAUCCACAACCCUAAACCAACCAACUCUUCCCCCUCCCUUAUAUAUCUUGUUCAGGACUUGUCUCUGCUGUGCUUGAUGUUCAAGAUUUCUCUCAGCAAAAUAUCACCACCAAAAUCCUCAGCCUCCAUCCACACCUUAACAAACCGCACCACUCUCUCUCCCAUCCAUCCCAUGGAGGAUUCUUCAGCAGGUGAUGACACCAAGAACACUUGCCCCCGCGGUCACUGGAGACCUGCCGAGGAUGAAAAGCUUCGCCAACUCGUUGAACAAUACGGUGCUCAGAACUGGAAUUCAAUUGCUGAGAAGCUCCAAGGAAGAUCAGGAAAAAGUUGCAGAUUGAGGUGGUUCAACCAGCUUGAUCCAAGAAUUAACAGAAGGCCAUUCACAGAAGAGGAAGAAGAGAGGCUACUUGCAGCUCACAGAGUUCAUGGGAACAAGUGGGCCCUCAUAGCAAGGCUCUUCCCAGGUAGAACUGAUAAUGCUGUGAAGAAUCACUGGCAUGUCAUCAUGGCAAGGAAGCAGAGGGAACAGUCCAAGUUAUCUGGGAAGAGAAGCUUCCAAGACCUUUAUGAUGAUUCCAACACUUCCAUUCAUCAUUUCCCUGAUCACAAGAGACUCAAAUCUCAUCAAGACCUUUUGUUCAGCACAAGAAUUGGGUUAGAGAAUGGAAGAUUCUUUGACUUCAGGUCCCACAUCGAGAAAGUUAGGAAUAAGUUAGUUUCAGAUACUCCUUCUAGUUCUCUUGCCUCUUGGAAUUUUGCAUCUGUUCCAAUAACCACCUCAAACAGUUAUCCUAUUAUGGAUUCAGUUAGAAAAUUAGGAACUUCCUCUGAUGCUAAUUAUCUCUUGGAAUGUUCCAGAAGCUCAUCAGAUAGAUUUGUUUAUAGAAUUUGUCCAAAUCCUACUACCACUACUUCAUUCUCCCUUCCAAAUUACAAGAGGGUUGUUCCAAAUCCCUUUGGAUGUUUAGGUUCUUCUGAUGAUCAUGGAAGGAUAGAGAGGGACUUGAUGAGUUUCUGUGAUAACUCAUCCACAUUGAGCAAGUUGAGAGCUUCGGCGGAGGAGAAACAGCAAGAAGAUUAUGAAGCUAGUGUUGAGCACAAAGAAGUUCCUUUCAUUGAUUUUCUUGGUGUGGGUGUCCCUUCAUCAUCAUAAAUAUGGAUGAAAGUAUUUAAGUAUUUAACUUCUUGUAGAAUAUGUCCACUACAGUUUAGCUUUCUAGUUGUCACUACCAAAUAGCAAAUUUAGUAUUUAUGUUGGCGCAGACACAAAGCUCUCACUAUAAUGCAUGUAUUAUUAUUUUUUUUCUCAGAAUCAAUUCUGAAAUUUAGAUGCUACUCAAAUUCACAUGAUGAAGCUUCACCACAUAAUUGAUUCUGACUUUAGAAUUAGUUGUAAUUUUGAGGCCUUUCAAUUCAGUUGCAAGAGUGCUGCCUCAUUUUCUA